AAACAAAUAAUGUUGCAGCGAAAAGUCUCUUACGGCUGCUGAACACCAUCCAAUCAGACUGAGUCUCUCUUUAGGAAGCUACUGCUCUUCAGACAGUGAAGGCUGAACUUGGUGUUUGAGGCGAGCAGCUCAGAGGCGAAGGAUCUGAUGAUGAUGUCCUCUUUCUAUCAUCCGCCCAAGGAGGCUGAGAUGGCGGCCAUGACGGAGCCACUCUGCUUAGAACGAGAUGUGUGCAGGGUGAUUGAGCUGCUGGACCGGCUGCAGAGAACUGGGGAGUUGCCACCUCCCAAACUGCAGGCGCUACAGAGAGUUCUGCAAAGCAAAUUCUGUGCUGCCAUCAGGGAGGUAUAUGAGCAGCUAUAUGACACAUUGGAUAUUGCUGGAGGUCCAGAGGUCCGAGCCCAAGCAACAGCUAAGGCCACAGUGGCAGCCUUUGCAGCCAGUGAAGGUCAUGCCCACCCGAGAGUGGUGGAGUUGCCCAAAACAGAAGAGGGCCUGGGCUUUAACAUCAUGGGCGGGAAAGAACAGAACUCCCCUAUCUACAUCUCCAGAGUUAUCCCUGGAGGAGUGGCUGAUCGCCAAGGAGGACUGAAGAGAGGAGACCAGCUGCUAUCUGUCAAUGGAGUGAGCGUAGAGGCGGAGCAACAUGAAAAGGCUGUGGAGCUACUGAAGGCUGCCCAGGGGUCAGUUAAGUUGGUGGUCCGCUACACUCCUAAGGUUCUGGAGGAAAUGGAGGCUCGUUUUGAGAAAAUGAGGAGUGCCCGGAGACGACAGCAGCACAACAGCUACUCAUCCCUAGAGUCCAGGGGCUAACAAAGCCAAUACCGCCACCCACCUCAUCAUUAGAUCUUUCUGACUCUUCUGUCAUUCUGAGGGGAGCUAACAGGAAUGAAAAAAAUAACCAAAGCAGCCUGUUACCUGAAGCCAGCACAGAAGAUUUGGAUUUUCUCCUUUUUCCUUGUGCUUAUAUCAGUCAGCAAUUCAAUUCCCAAAACGAGAAAAAAGUCAUAAAAGUUUUUUUAUGAGUGCAUAUGUUAAGAAUAGGCCUUGUAAGAAUAAGGGUGUAAUGUUAAUAUGUACCAUUGGGAAAGCUUAUUUUUCUUGUUACUUUAGAGACUGUUUAGUGUGUAUCUUAAAGCCAAUCUCAGUAUCCUCUUUCUGUUUUAGUGUACUCAUCAACAGUGUUAUGAGUUCUCUUAUUUACUUAUAGAAUGCCUUUUGUCUGUCUGAGGUCUUAGCUACAGGGAUAAAAUGGGUCGGACCAGAAUUAUUGGUCUUAUGGUGGCUCGGGCUUCUAAUGAUAUGUAUGCAUUUAUGAGUUUGCAGCAGACAGAGAAAACCUAAAGAGAAUGUGUGAUCAAGUUGUGUUGACCCACUUAUUGUAGUUUAAAUAGAGGAGUAGCAGCUCACUGUUGAGGAAGGAAAAAAAUUAAAGUGCAGCACAGAUGUCCAAUAAACAGAAACAAGUGCUGGACAAUAAAUGCGCAUAAAUGCUCCACCGUUACACUACAAUUAAUCACAUAUCAAAUGACCAACGACAAACAUAUAAUUACACUGCUUACCCUAAUGGUAGUCUAAAAACGAAACCAGUAAAAACUUAACUGAAGUAAUAUGUUGGAUCUCUUCACCCUCGUUUUGACAAGCACAUGAGCAUUUGCUGGUUUCGUAUCCAGGCUGUGAUGACGCGCAGCUGACCAUUUGGUGUGCUGAUAGUUUCAACUUUACGCACUGAGAACAUCGGGGUGCCCACUAUUAACAAUUUCUGUCAGAGUAUCACCUCUGAUCCAGACGCUUUAAUGGACCACAUUGGAGCGUCAAGCGUAGCUGAUCUGCUUCUGCUGUGUCAGGAUUUAUAUUUUUCUAUGUUUAUUUUGAGUUUCUGUGUCUCUGUUGUCCUGUCUCCCCAUGAUUGUUCCCAGGUGUGUCUUGUUUCAGUGUAUUUAACCCCACCUGUGUUCUUUGUUCCUCGUCGGGUCCUUGUCAAGUCUGUGGUCGAAUGUGUUUCCCAGUCCGUUGUCUGCUGUCCUUCGUUUAUCCUGUAUUACCGGAGCCUUGUUUUCCACUCUGCUGUGCUGACAGGUUUUUAGGCUGUUUGGAUUGUUGUACCGUUUUCUCAUCAUUAAAGCUUCAUCAUUUUCACCUCUACCUGGUUCCUCAGCGUUUGCCUCAUCACCACUCACUGCACUUCAUGACAUGCGGGGUUAACAAAUAAAUAAGUGCAAUUGGUUUCUCUGUCAUACUUCAACAGUAAACAAGAGUGAGGGGAGGGAGUGCGGAAUUGAGUAAUGAUCAGAGUUUUGCCGUCUUCUAAACAUUUCAUUUGGUGAAAUGUUACCUGAUUUCAAAAAAGUUCUCGCUGCAGAGAAAAAGCUAAAUGUUCAGCUUGAUGACUAUAGAAUGGCAGCUGUUAGUUUAUAAAAUAUAUUAGACUUUCCAGAAAUUUAACAUUGGUGUACAAAACAUAUUUAAAAAUGAUUAACCUUUAGGAAUAAAAGAAAAAAACUAGAAAACUGGUAAGUAUGUAAAAAAUAUUUUAUAUCUUUCAAGUGUAGUUUUCCAUACCGUUAUGUUGAACUACAGCAGUUUGUGCUAUAUGUAUGAGCAAAGGGGAUAUAUUUAUCAUUCAUGCAAUAUGGAAGAAUCUUCUCUCCAUUCCAAAUGUUGCAAAUAGAUAUGUGGAUCUGUAUAAUGAAAUAAAAAACAAAGUUUGAGCAUAAAAUACAUUUCUCAAUAAUACAUGUUAUCUACUUUUCUAUUUUUAUCUAAUGGUGCCCAGCAGGAUUGUAUUGUAUGCUACAUGCUAAAUUAGCCUUCCCCUGUAUGAAUUACAAAUUUCACUAGUCUGCAGCUGUUAAUUAUAUUUUCAACCUAAUUUAGAAAAGCGCAUUGAUUUACUAUGUGAAAUUUUUUUUAAGAAGGUUAAAAUACCUUUUGCUGACUUUGUGGGUUCUGCAAUGUGGAUCGUGUGACGAACAUCAGUGGAAGAACCUCUCAAACUUCUUUCUUCUUCCUUUCCUGACACCACGUCUUUAAGGUAUUUAUACUAGUGAUUAUGAAAAUAGGGCCCCCUUGAUUUCCGGAAUGCAAUGGUCCCAUUUCCAAAUAAGGUAUGGGACUGACGUAAAGGUCCGUCCCCGCCCCUUGCUGCAGCGAGGAACCUUCUCAUAAAAACUGGUAGAAUCAUUGUGCCAAUUAAUGACUUGAACUGUCAAAACACGAAGAAAUCAACACUUAGUGUUUCCCAGUGAAAGCAGCGAGGUACGUUUUGUUUGUUGUUUAUAUUGUAAGUUUAUGCUUUGUAUUCUAAUAUUUGUAUAUGUUUUAGUUUUCAGGGUGACUGAGGUGAUUGAGGUGACUAUUGAUAGGUAUUUUUGCCUAAAUACAAAGAAAGAACCACAGACAACGUUUAUGAGUUUUCAACCAAGCUUCUGCAGAAGGAGAAGACACAGAGAACUGCUCUUCCGAACAGGUCACCAUGUGUUCUGAAACUCUGCAGUAGAACUUGCCUUUUAUUAACACAAAACAAAAGAAAGGGGGCUGGUGCUGAUAAGAUUAGGAGCCCCCAGGAAAAAAUACAUAACAAACAGAGGUUUACAACUAAGGGAACUCUCAGAAGACCAUCUUCAAAGAACAUGUUUUAAGGGUUAAAGAAAGGUUAGCUCUCUCACAAACACUUCAGCACAUUUCUCCUCUCUGGGGCAUGUAAAUACUAAACCUAUGAAUGAAAAGCAAACUGGUAACUACUUAUGUAAAAAUGAUAACAAAACAUGAUUAUUCUAACAACUAUGAUGAUCAUGGAGGAUCCUAAUCAAAGAAAAAUAAAACACUAAAUUCCCCCGUCGAGACUGGCUGAGUUAUUCAACUGCUGGGGAGCAUUGUCGGUUUUUUCACUUCUCUCGCUGAGAUAGCGAGAAGUGUUUUGGUCACUAACAUUUAAAACUCAAAAUGUUGACUUGCUUCCAGCUUCAAACAACCAGAUCUACUGCUUCUCAGCAUUUUUAUGCUGUACCAAAGCAAAUA